AUGCCUCGUUCUCCUAAGCCUGUGUGGCCGCUCUAUGCAAAUGCCACAACUCUCCUCCUCCUCGCGGCCCUCGCGCUCCCUGCUGUCACGGCCUGCUCCGUUUCCAGCGCCAACCGCGCGGCACUGCCUCCGCGCCGAGAUGACCCGCCGGCGCGUGUGCGCAAACAGCCCCUCCUUUCUCGCCUCCCUCGACCUAAUCGCGCCCGACGCUCCCUCUUAAAGCUCGACGCCGCCACCACAGCCGCCGGAUCGAGCGCCGCUGCGAGGCCUGUCGUCUUGGAAGGCUCGCAAUUGAAGGCGCUGGUGCAGCUGAAGGAGGCGUGGGGCAUGUGGGCGGGCAACAGCAACGCCACCACUGCGUGCUCUGCAUGGACUGGCGUCACCUGCAGCCCCAAGGGGCUCGUCACCGCCCU